GACCCCGCGCGUCUCAUCCUGUUUAUCUCUCUGGUGUUCGCUAUCGGAGCGCCGCGGGCUCGGGCGGCGCGGGCAGUCGCGACCAGCCCGCCGAACCGUCCACAGCUCACCUCUCAGCCCAGCCCAACCGCCCCCGAGCAAGAUGCGCUUUGCGAUGCUGACCGCCCCGAUGCUGCUGGUGCUGGCGCUGCACGUGUCUGUGCUGACCGCCUCCGCCACCGAGGACAAGCAGAAGUACGACAAGUGCGUGGCCGACCAGAAGUGCGAGACGAGCCCAGCCUCCUGCAGCAGCUGGGACGGCAAGGACUUCACGGCCCUGGCCAUCUGCAGGCUCAACUGCCACUGCACCUGCCUCAGCCCAGCCGGGCCCACGGGCGCGCUGGACUCGUUCAAGAAGUGGGAGAUGUGCAGCGAGGACAACAAGUGCGAGAAGACGCACGACGACUGCAAGAAGAAGUGCAGCAACAAGGAGUGCAAGGACGCGUGCGUGCUGGCGCAGGACAAGUGCAUGUGCGAGUGCAACCGAGCCUAGGAGAUGAUCCCCCCUACCUCCCCCUUCAUCCAACCCCCAACCUCUGCAAAUAUUCAAAAAGGUGUAGAACCAAUCAAAAAUUGAUCAAUUUUGUUCAUCAUGUAUCAGGCGAAUUGUACAUAUUUGAAAUACAUCAAAAUUGUACAACUUUC